GCGAGAGGUAUGGAUGGCGCACUCGGCCGGAGCGGCCUUAGGAAGCUCCAUUUGUGUGUUCGCGGCAAGGUUGGUCCAACUCCUGCGUGACGCGGUCGAGAGGGUCCCGCGCUGCCGCGCGCGGUGCCGGACCGAUGCGCCCGACACCGCGCCACGGGGGCGGUUGUGCUGUGGAUGUGUCCUAUGUCGGUUAUCCUGGACUGAUUUGUCGCAUUUCGCUCGCUUGUAAGAAGUCGUGUCAUUGGACAUGGCACAAUGCACUGGUUGGGGGAGCUGUGUACUCUUGCAGACUUCAGCAACAGUUGUUCCAUGCGACCGUCACUGCGGGUACGACAUAUACCGUCCUCAACGACUUCUGCAUCGCGUUUGGGGUGGCACCUGUGCACAAACCCACUUUUUACAGUUGCAUGCGCGGUGAGCCGAAUGUGCAUGAGGGUUGCAAUGCAAAGGUUGUCAGGCAGAGCGUGCGGUAUUGCGACUUGGCCAUUGACACGGUUAUGCGAUUAGGGAGACCCGUCACUUGGAUGGUUGACGGUCGCUACGACUCGGCCAGGUCUGCGCAGCAUUGCACUGUUACCGCGAUUGAGUGUGAUACUCGUCUUGUGGUGGGUGUUCACACUCUUCGGCCAAAAAAUGAGGGAAAGGCGUCGAACCAACUUGAGGUUCCUGCUGUUGUGCGCCUGUUGAGAGGCUUGUUGUCGAGGGGGUUGAAGAUCCGGUGUGUUGUCUCGGACGAUUGUGCUGCAUUGGGUCCACAGUUGGAGCGCCUGGGUAUUGAAUGGCAGAAGGAUUGCCAUCAUAAGGUAAAAAACAUUCGCAAGGCACUUAGAAAAGUCGUGACACUGAAGGUGCCGAAGAAAUUGAACAACCCUCAUCAGUGCAUGUCGGAAUCUCAGUUUAUGCAGUUCACGAAGCAGGAGUUGUUGGAUGCCUUGACGGACCGUUUUGGACCAGGGUCUUUGACGACAAAAGAAGAACGAUUGAAGAAGAGCGACUUCGUUGCUCUUGUGAUGAGCAAAAUGUACCCGUACGGCACGAUGAAAAACAACAAAUCCUUGGUCGUGGAUGCAGAUGGUGUGACUGAGUUACAUAUGCAUGAGGUGGGGCAUUGGUUUCUUCGUGCUUCCCAGCUUUGUAGAGAUGAGGGCGGCGACUUUGUCACUCUGCACAAUGAUGUCAUGAUGAUCGCCGACCAUUGGGCCGGGGACCACUCCAGGUGCGUUGCAGACAGAGAGCUUCUAUGCUCAAAGGCGGGUGGCCCAUCUCGGCUGCCUCUGUACACGCACGACGACCCCGUGUACGACAUCAUUCGCCAGACGUUGGGCAGACAUUGCAGCACGACCGUUUGCUCGUACUACACGGAGUUUCGUCACACGUCGACGGUUGAGACCUUCCAGGGCACAAUCAUCAUUUACGCGAAGAAGGCCUUGCACUUCGAGAAGUCGUAUGAGCUGCGUUUGGCGAUUGCAGUCAUUCGAUGGAACAAUCAUGCAUGGCAGGAUCCCUUGGAGUAUCGUGUCGGCAGGCCUUCUGGGACUUCGAUUCGUCCAAGGCCGAGCCAUUACCGUCACAAUCGGCCACCUACCGAUUCGUGGAUGGAUCGGCUGUCCACGUUCAUCUUCGGUUGAAAAUGUGUUUCAAAUUGGGCUCGAACCUCCUCGAGUACGACGACUGUGAUGUGUCAGGCGAGGUCGGGUCCUCGACACCUC